GAUUUGUUUGUUUUUAAGUAAUUCAAAUAUUUCAACUAUUUAUACAAAAAAUAAUUUAAACAAUUUUUCUUAAGAAUAGUCCAAAUUAAAAAAUUGCACAUGACUUCUAUUUUAAUAAUAUAGAAUAGACCGGUAAAACUUGCGAACCGAUUAUUUAGGGAUGGUACUGUUCAAACCGUAUUGUAUCUUUCCCAAAACUCUUCUCUUAAGAACCACCUGAGUUUGAGUUUGAGUUAGUCUCGCAUCCUCUCUCUCUCUCUGUGUGAGUGAGUUAAUGGGUUUUGUUUCCCUCAAAUAAAAAUCGAACCUUCGAAGCUUAACUUCUCGCAUCCUCUUUCUCCUUGUCAAGCCACAGCUCGAAACCAGAGUUCAGUAUGCGAUGAUGAAUCUAGUUGUUUGUAUUGGUUGCUAAUACUGCAGCUAUGUUCUAGAUGUUGCUUCUGAAACAGAGCUCAGCUGCUGUUCUUGUCUCUGGGAAUCCAAGUCCUGUCCUUUACACUCCUCGCUUCACUUCCAGAGUUGGAUCUCUUCCAGUUAGCAAAACCAACUCCUUCACCAUGGCGAAUCUUCAGAAGGGUCUUACUUAUUCUUCUUCUGAGAAAUUCAACCCGGUGUUAGCGUGUAGCUCUCACGAGGCUUCUCCUAUCAGCGAGGAUACACAUAUCAAGGGAGUCUCUGAGAUCAUUGUGGGAGUGUUGGGAGGUGGACAGUUAGGUCGCAUGCUUUGCCAAGCUGCUUCUCAAAUGGCCAUCAAGGUUAUGAUUCUAGAUCCUUCAAAGAACUGUUCAGCAAGCUCAUUAGCUUAUGGCCACAUGGUUGAUAGCUUUGACGACAGUGCUACAGUUGAAGAGUUUGCAAAAAGAUGUGGAGUCUUGACAGUAGAAAUUGAACAUGUUGACGUUGAAACACUAGAGAAGCUUGAGAAACAAGGAGUAGAUGUCCAACCAAAAGCCUCUACUAUCAGGAUAAUACAGGAUAAAUACAUACAAAAAGUUCAUUUCUCUCGGCAUGGCAUCCCACUUCCAGAGUUUAUGGAGAUAAGCGAUAUUGAAGGAGCUGAAAGAGCAGGUGAACUUUUUGGUUACCCUCUUAUGAUCAAGAGCAAGAGAUUAGCUUAUGAUGGACGAGGAAAUGCAGUUGCUAAUAGCCAAGACGCGCUUACUUCUGCUGUAACUGCUCUUGGAGGUUUCAGUCGUGGUUUGUACGUUGAGAAAUGGGCACCCUUUGUAAAGGAGUUGGCUGUUAUUGUGGCUAGGGGAAGAGAUGGUUCCAUGGUUUGUUAUCCAGUUGUUGAAACUGUUCACAGGGAUAACAUAUGCCAUAUAGUUAAAGCACCAGCAGAUGUGCCUUGGAAGAUCAACAAACUUGCCACUGAUGUUGCCCAAAAGGCUGUUGGUUCUUUAGAAGGCGCUGGUGUUUUUGCUGUUGAGCUGUUCUUGACAGAUGAUGGUCAGAUCCUGCUAAACGAAGUUGCACCUAGACCACACAACAGUGGACAUCAAACGAUCGAGUCAUGUUACACUUCACAGUUUGAACAACACUUGCGAGCUGUGGUUGGUCUUCCACUCGGUGAUCCGUCUAUGAGAACUCCUGCCUCCAUUAUGUACAAUAUUCUGGGUGAAGAUGAUGGAGAAGCUGGUUUCAGAUUGGCACAUCGGCUCAUUGCAAGAGCUCUGAGUGUACCAGGUGCAUCUGUGCAUUGGUAUGACAAGCCAGAAAUGAGAAAACAGCGGAAGAUGGGACACAUCACUCUUGUGGGGCAGUCUAUUGGUGUUUUGGAACAAAGGUUGCAAUGUAUAUUAAGUGAGCAAACCCAUCAAGUACAUGACAUUGCAGAGACACCUCGUGUUGGUAUCAUCAUGGGUUCAGACUCUGAUCUUCCUAUUAUGAAAGAUGCUGCCAAGAUUCUCGACAUGUUUGCUGUUACAUAUGAGGUGAAGAUAGUAUCAGCACAUCGCACACCAGAGAUGAUGUUUUCAUAUGCAAGCUCAGCUCAUAGUAGAGGAGUCCAAGUGAUAAUUGCAGGUGCUGGUGGUGCUGCUCACUUACCAGGUAUGGUUGCUUCACUCACUCCUUUACCUGUGAUUGGUGUCCCUGUACGUGCUACCCGUUUGGAUGGAGUUGAUUCACUUCUCUCCAUUGUUCAGAUGCCUAGAGGUGUUCCUGUAGCCACAGUUGCUAUAAACAACUCCACCAACGCAGCCUUGCUUGCUAUCAGGAUGCUGGGGAUCUCUGAUACUGAUCUCGUCUCAAGGAUAAGUCAGUACCAGGAAGACAUGAGAGAAGAGAACAUGGUUAAAGGUGAGAAACUUGAGCGUCAAGGUUGGGAAUCAUACUUGAACCAGUGAAUAUUACUUGUCAGAACUCCUCAUUGGUUACCGGGAACUCCAUAGUGAUCGAUUUUGCUGCCAGUAAGAUCUUGUUGAGAGUUAGUUUCGGAUCUUGAGUUGUUGUCACGGCUAAUUCCGGUUUAGCUUUGUCAAGUUAAGCCACAAUUAUUUGAGACUCAAGCUAAGUCCUGGUGAGGGAUCUGAUAGUUAGCUUCAGUUCUUGAGAAACUAUUGGAUGAGGUAUCCACACAAUGUUUUAUUUUAUAAUAUUAUGAACCUCCCUUAGAGACAUGGGAUAGAACAUGUUCUUACAAACUC